ACGAUCGAAUUUCCAGUUUUUAGCGGAUCGUCGAUAAGAUCGAAGAAGAGCGUUUCUUCUUUCGAAACCUUGGAAUUCAUCGCUUCUCUUCCUCCAUUCGAACCAUUCCCACCAUCUCUCUCGCUCACCAUCUCGUAUCACCUUCUCCUGCUCUCAUGGCCGCCCUUCCGAACUCCAUCGUCACCUCCCGAGCUCUCUUGCCGCCGUCCUUCUCUGAUCGUUCGUUGAAAUCUUCGGACCUGUCUCUUGUGAUCUUUGGCCGUAAAAGUAUGAACUUCAGUCCCAGUCUGCUGAGCAGGGCGAGGAUUUCGACCCAUAAGAAGAGGGUUGUUGUUCAAGCUGCAUUUGGAGAUACUGGAAGGCCUUCUAGUGCUAGCAUCUUUGUUGGUGGCUUUGUUCUGGGAGGAUUAAUAAUGGGGGCACUUGGUUGCAUCUAUGCACCACAGAUUAGCAAAGCACUUGCUGGGACAGACAAGAAAGAUCUGAUGAGGAAGUUGCCAAAGUUUAUCUAUGAUGAGGAGAAGGCUUUGGAGACGAGGAAGAUUCUGGAGGCAAAGAUCGAGCAACUAAAUGCAGCUAUUGAUGGAGUUUCUUCUCAGCUCCGAGGAGAUGAAACACCAAAUGGAAUGCCUGUAGUCUCUGAUGAAAUUGAAGCUGGAAUAUGAUGAGCAAGGCGCAUAAAAUUGUGCUAUACUUGUCGAAAUUGUUGAUGUUCCUUUCCUUUUCUUCUGUACUGAAUAAAUGUGGAUGCAUAGGAGGUUUGUUGAUUUAUGUUUGUGAUCAAAUAGACAUCUCGCUUACCUGUAUUUUGAUGCCCAUUUUAAGCAAAAUGAAAUGUUCUAA